UCGCCGCAAGAUGCUCGACACCAUGCUUAUCUCUCUGGAUGCGACCAUUGACCGCCUCUGCAGCAGUCCACACCCAGAUGACGCCAACAGCAUGCUGUACUACGAUCACAUGGACGACUUGCUCAUGGAAGGCGGCGCUGCUGCCACGUCAUUCAGCCAAGGCCGGCAAGACUGCAACCAUUAUCCCAUCAUGGACGAUCCAUACACCAUCGUUCUGUGA